AUGGUAGACUUCGCGGCAGCUAUCCCGACCUUGGUGGGGAGCUAUCUCUCCGCCAUUGCGGCCGCAUCAGUAAUCAUUUGUUACUUCGUUCUCUCACCGUCACAGAAACAUUUCCGACACACGCUCAUUCUGAAUCUUGCGAGUGCUGAUCUCAUCAACGCGUUGAACAAUAGCAUCUCAGGCUCAUAUGUCAUGGUACAUAGACAGAUUCCUGCUGGCAGGGCAUGUACCAUCAAUGGUUGGGUGGGCCAACUGACGGUCCAGGUCGGUAGUCCCCGCCGCCCAGGUCAAGACGCGCUGGCUGAUGCACAGGAGGCAACGGACUUCUCGAUUCUUUUCAUGACCAUAGCUACAGUCGUCACGCUGAAGAAAUGGAAUUACGAGCCAAAGAUAGGCCCGUUCGGCAAGCUGUUCUUGACGGUGGGUAUCUGGCUCGUACCAUCGGUGACCAGUUCGACGGGCUAUUUUCUGGAGGGGUACAAGCCGGUCAAGGGCAACUGGUGCUGGCUGAGUGCCAGUCGGAACGACCUCCGCUACUCCCUUGGCCACGGCUGGCGGAUUACCAUCAUCCUCACAGUCAUUGCGCUCUACGUCUAUCUAUUUACCUUCAUCCACCGCCACUUCACCGCCCUCCGCUCCAUCUCGACUCCUGACAAGGGCGCGUCAGGUGGUGUGGGCGACCGGAGCAACCGUCAGGUCUCGGGAGCGGAGUCGGACAAGAUACACAUCCACAGUGAAUUCGUGGUCUACGAAGAAUUCGAUGGUCCCCAGGUCUCCGUCACCGAGCUAGAUCUCUUGGAAUCCCCGGGGCUAUCAUCACAAACAACCUUAGGCCAAGUCAUAGACUCCAAGGAGGAGCUGGUGUCCCCAAUACGCGUCCGUGCAUUCGAAGAACAGAAAGGCCCGACAGCAGGCAUAACUGAGCUGCCUCUCAGCCCAUUUCAGGCCAUCCAGAACAACUUUCAUCAGCAGAGCGCUGACCACACUAUAUUCACCAAUGUCACUCACUUGAACCCCCACGAAAUGGUUCCCUGCCUCAAGUCCCGCGAUCCGCUCGCCAUCGUUCGCCGCCCACCACCGGUCAACAUGAUUACCAUCCAGAGUACGCAUGCGGCCAAAGCUGCACUGUGGACACGCGAGAAGCAGAUAUAUAAACUAUUGCUGUUUAACGCGUACCCGAUUGCGUACGUGCUGCUCUGGCUCCCGGGAUUGGCAAAUCGCUUGGCGGAGAUGCUUGGAGAGAGAAGUCGCGAGUUGGUGAUUCUUCAAGGCUCCACGCAUGGUAUACUGGUACAACGAGCACAUAUGGACUCUCUCCAAAAACUGGUGGAAGAAGAGGAGAAGUCCAGAAGUGAAGGCUCCAUUCGAAUCCUGGGCUUCCGAAGACGCCGUGCCGCAGCGCUGGGCGUCAAUAUCGUCGAUAACCCCCCUCGCGGAGCGACAUCUAGGGCCGUCUUUUCCUAA